AUGAGAUACGAACGUGAUGGUCCGAAGACUGGUAAACCUGGACUACCAUUCUCUAUUAUGUCGUACAAUGUCCUGUCCCAGAAUCUGUUGGAAAACCACAUGUAUUUAUAUAAAUCCUGUCCCCCAGAGGCCCUUGACUGGGAUAUGAGAAGUGAGAAGUUGUUGACAGAAAUAAAGCUGUAUAGUCCAGAUAUUAUUUGUUUACAAGAAGUACAAUCCGACCAUUACGAAUCUUUCUUCAAGAAUAAAUUAUUUAAAUUAGGGUAUGGUAGUGAAUAUAUUAAACGAUCUGGAGAUAAACCAGACGGAUGUGCAACAUUUUAUAAACAGACUAAAUUCACCCUGGUUCAGUCCACGCCCAUUGAAUUUUAUAAAGGUGAUAUCUUAGAUAGAGACAAUGUGGCCUUAAUUCUGGAACUUUCACCAAAUACCAAACUCUAUCAUGGUUCUGUAAGAAAAAUCGGCAUUGCUAACACGCAUUUAUUAUACAAUCCAAAACGCGGGGACAUAAAAUUAGCCCAGUUGAUGGUUUUACUGGCUGAGUUGGAUAAAAUUCUACUUCGUAACUCUACAGAAAAGAAGCCGAGUUACUUCCCUUUACUAUUAUGUGGUGAUUUCAAUUCCGAGCCUCACGGUGAUCUGUAUAAAUUUUUAACAACGGGCUUUUUGAAUUACGAAGGAAGACUUGCACGGAAUUUAUCAGGACAGUAUGAAGGAACUCGUGGCAGAAAUUAUCAAAUGAAAAAACACUUCUUUUCUUCAAGUUUUGGAAUCACUGAUCAGUGUCAAUACGUUCAAAAUGUGGUGGAGCGCCAAGAAAGUCAAACUCAGACGUCUGAAAAACAAAUCCAUGAGAACUCAAAAACCCUACGCCAUUUUUCACAAUCGUCAGGUAGACUGUGGCAUAAUUUUAAUCUCAUCUCGGCAUAUAACCAUAGAAUUCAAAGACUGGGAUUCCGAGAAUACGAAGUGACGUCUCAACAUGCCCACGAAGCGUGUUGUGUGGACUAUAUUUUCUAUAGUGGUAGUCGUGGUAACAGUCAAGGACAUUCAUCGUAUCGUGAAGGGAAACUGAAACUAUUGGCUAGAUAUGGUUUAAUGUCUAGUCAGGAACUAUAUCGAAUGGGUGGUUUACCCAAUAAAGUUCAUCCAUCAGAUCACAUGUGUUUAAUUUCCAAAUUCUUGUUGAGGUGA